GUAUUAAGUUAGGAAGAUCAUGAUCGAGCUCUGUCGUUCGCAAAUUACUUAAUUUGUUCCUUAUCUUAUUAAUUAUGUAAUAUAUAAGUCGAUAUUUAAAAUAUUAUUGUUUGCUAUUAAAAAUAUAAUAAUAAUUUUUAUAUUUUGAUUUAUUUAAAUAUCUAUUAGGUACCUAGCAAAUAAUUUUAUCGAGUUAAUCUCCUCAGGCGCCAUUUUAUGUAAUGGCGGAUUGGCAGCAUGGUAACAUGUCUACAGUUGUUGAACGUAUAGUUUCAAAGCGCGCGCUUUAUCUGAAAUACUUUGUUUGAAUUUUGAUAUACAUUUUAAGUUUACUAUUUUUUAAUUAAUAGAACAAUAUUUAUUUAAUAUUUCAUAGUUUUAGUCUAGAUAAAUAUGGACAAUAAUAACCAGUGUAAACUCGAAGGUUCAGAAUUCAAUGUGAAUCUCUUAUUUUCUAAUAUAGUUAGUCAGAAGUGUUUCAGUAACUGUAGGCUAUGUUUAAAACAUAUUCAAGGCGAAUAUGUGCGUUUCCAUGAUAGUAUUAGUGUUCAACAGAACGGCGAAUUUCAGCCUUUGUCCGAAAUUCUUGAUAUGCUGUUAAAAGGUGAUGACGAGGUAACAGAUGAAGUACCAGGAAUAGAUGCCAUCUGUAUAGAUUGUAUGAACAAGACUAUUGAAGCUGCCAGAUUUAUCGCUCAAUGUAAACAAUCUACAAAUGUGAUAAACAAAAUAUUUGACAACCUCAUAGAAGCUUUGAAUAUUGACUCUGAAUUAAUAACUAAUAAAAGCUUAUUUAUUGCUUUAAAUGAAGAUGACUUUAGUCCUAUACUGGUUUUGGAAAAUGAGAACAGAAAUGAAAAUCAAGAAGCACAGAACAGGAAAAGCAAUAAAAGACAAAAACAGUUCGAGUGUCAAGAAUGCAAUGAAUUUUUUGAUAAUAUUGAUGACCUCAAAGUGCAUAAUGAAACAUGCCAUAAUGUUUUAACAUGUAAAAUAUGUUUUGAAACAUUCAUUGAUGAUAUUGAAUUAGAAUCACAUAUAAGUGUCAAUCACAAGUUCCAAUGUUCUAAAUGCCAUAUGUCUAAAAGUAAAGAGGAAGAUCUCAUUAAGCAUAUGGACAAAGUCCAUAAUAUCUAUUUAUGUACUGAAUGUGGCAAGUCAUGCCAGGGUUUGGAUAAGUUACAUGCUCAUGAGCAGAAACAUUUAACAAAAAAUGAAUGUCCUAAAUGUGGCAAAUCAUAUGCAACCAAAGAUUUCUUCCAUAAACAUAUAAAAUUAUGUCUAGAAGAUCUUAUAGAUCCACAUCCAAUUCGGAGUAAUAUAAAAAAGACUUCCAUUUGUGGAAUAUGUGGCAAAGGCUACAGCACUUCAGGUGGACUAAGAGUGCAUAUGAGAUUUGUACAUGGCAAUGCUAAACCACAUAUAUGUGAUUACUGUGGCAAAAAAUUCACUGCACCAAGUUACUUGAAGACCCAUAUGGUAAAACAUACAGGAGAAAAGAAUUUCAAAUGUGACAUUUGCAAUAACAGGUUUGUUUCAAAGGAAGCAUUACUGUACCAUACUAGAAGACAUACUGGAGAGAAACCUUAUUCUUGUACACAGUGUAAUGAAAAAUUUGUAAAUGCAUCCGCAAGGGCUGACCAUAUUAGAUUUAGACAUGUGGGACCUACUUUAAGUUGUGAUAUUUGCUCACGUAAAUUUGUAACUUCACAUUUCUUGAAGCAGCAUAUGAGCAGACAUCAUGACCCUACAAGUAAAUUGUAUAUGGGUAGGAAUAUGAUACCACCAAAUAUUCCAGGAGAGCAAAACAUCAGAAUUGUAAAAUCAUUAUAAAAGGAAUUUAAUUUGACACAUAACAUUAAAAAUGUAUAUAUCAUAAAUGUGUAUAUAAAUAAAUCAAGAUUUCUAUAAUA